AUGGCCUUUCGGAGCUUCGAUUGUCUUCUACUCCUCAUCGGCCUCCUGUCUCUGUCCUCCCUCCAACCACCAUUAACCGCCCUUGCCGCCACCAAUAUCCGCCUCACCCGUAACCGAAAACUAUCCCAAAAUGUCCCUUUUUUCCGUGAAGCACCAGGGUUUCGUAAUGGCCAAGCAUGUGGAUCCUCUCCCAGCGACCGAAUCCAUUUAGCAAUGACUCUUGAUUGCAACUACCUCCGUGGGACAAUGGCCGCCGUCCAGUCAAUUCUACAUAACUCCGGCUGUCCGGAAAACGUAGUGUUCCAUUUCCUAUGGCUUCGGUUCGAUCAAGAUAUUAAAACCAGCAUCAAAACCACCUUCCCGUACCUCAACUUCAAACUCUACAGAUUCGAUUCCAAUUUGGUCCAGGGUAAGAUAUCAAAAUCCAUACGCGAGGCGCUUGAUGAACCCCUGAAUUACGCAAGAAUCUACCUUGCAGACAUAAUUCCGACGUAUGUGAAACGGAUCAUCUAUCUGGAUUCGGAUCUUGUUGUCGUGGAUGAUAUCGAGAAGCUGUGGAGAGUUGACUUGCAAGACAAGGUGCUCGCUGCACCUGAAUAUUGUCAAGCCAAUUUCACACAAUACUUCAACGACAAUUUCUGGUCCGACCCGGAAUUGGCAAAAGUGUUCAAAGGGAGAGAUAGAGGUAAGAAUCCUUGUUAUUUCAACACAGGAGUGAUGGUUUUAGACGUUGAGAAAUGGAGGCAAAGAGGGUAUUUACAGAAGCUUGAAGAAUGGAUGGCAGUUCAGAAGCAAAAGAGGAUAUAUCAUUUGGGUUCUUUGCCACCAUUUUUACUUGUUUUUGCUGGAAACAUAAAAGCAGUUGACCAUAGUUGGAACCAACAUGGUUUGGGUGGUGACAACAUUGAAGGAAAAUGCAGGAGCUUGCACCCUGGUGCAAUCAGCCUGCUUCAUUGGAGUGGCAAAGGCCAAGAAACAAGAACGGAAUUCGUAAACAAGGUGAACGAGAGAGGGUUUCAUGCUUUAGAUUUGCAACAAGUACUAAAAGGGUAUAUCUGUCAUUAA